UCCCGUGGAAACAGGUGGAGAGAGACAGAAAAUCUACUGUGUCCUGCGUGGCAUCAAAUCCACGCGUCUCCUCCACAAGUUAAUAGUUCCGGCGACAGACGGCCGAAGUCCAAAAAAAAUGCUGCGUGACGGCAUGACCCAAACUCCUAGUCGGUUUGAGUUGUUGAGUAUGGUGAGAAAGCAUUCCAAGUUUCUAGCAAAACCUUCAGCAGAUGAAGAUGAUGCCUCGGAUGUGGAAAUGGAUACCCAUUUCUGGCAUGAUGUAUUGAAUAUGUAUUUUGUAAGCGGUAAGGAGUCUAGGGGCCGUCAGGAGGAUGAUAUGCUGUUCUUUGUUAGAAAGGGUUCGGAUGGAAAUGGUUCAAGUGAGAGCGGGGAAGACAAUUCUCCUUUCUUCGUACGCAGGUGGGCACCUAAGUUGGAUGAAUUAGUCGGUGAUAGUUUAUUAACAGUGGACUGGCGGCGCUCAUUUUACUUGAAUUUAAUUGCUCAUAGCUCCUUUACUGUUACAGUUGCUAUUUGCAGUCAUCAGGUGCUUCGGAAUUAUCAGAGUGUCCAAGGCAGACCUCUGGCUCCAAUAUACAAGGUUGUGAAGACUGUCUAUGCAUCUCCAAGUCGUAUCAAUUUCCAUUUGGACUCUAGAAAGGAAGUAGAAACAACCGCUGCCUAUCCAGAUAUAUGUUUCGCUGUUGACGACUUUGAUUCCACAUUUGAUGCAGUGGUGUUGACAGAUGUAGAUCAUUGUUAUUGUGUAAUCCUUAAUGCAAAUGAUGGGGCAGCAUUUCCAUAUGAAAAUUUACAGCAAGAUAACAGUUCUAGAGACAAAUUUUCUUUGAAGAGUGGCACAACAGCAGUGAAGACAAAGAGUUCUAAGACUACUCUUUUCUCAGGCUUUGUUAGCUAUCAGAUGGUCCGAGAUGCCUAUGAUGCUGGGAGGACUGGAUUUGGGAGCCUUCUGUCACUUGCUCAUUCUCCAGGCAAAGCAGAUAGACUUUACAUGAAAGGACCUGGAGGACGUGGCGAAGUUGAGGUGGCUGUUUCUGGUGUUGUAGACCAAGGCAAGGAAGAAUGGGAUCAUCAUUCUAGUAAAGGAUUAAGCAUUGGCAAAAUUGUAAGGAGGGCAGCAUCUGUUGCUUCUGUCGCAGCAAAGCAUGCUUAUGCUGCUGCUUCUUCCACCCGCAGUUCUUAUGAGGAGAUGCUUCCCCUGAGGUGCUGCUUGAUGUCCAUAUCACUGCCAUGGGAACAUAUUGCUCAUGAUCUUUUAUUCAAGGGAAGUCCUCCAGUGAACUUGUAGGAGUACAUGAUGUCUGGUGAUAAGUGGGAUUUUGUUUCAGCAUGUUUAAAGAAAUUUUUCUAGAAGAUGAAUGCUGGAAGAAUGAGGUGAUUUUGAAGCGAGCUUAAAGAAGACAAACAGCACUCAAAACUUAGUGGAUAAACCCACAUUCCCCGCUCUUUCAUGGGAGACCUGUCCCCUGGAAACAACACACCCAAACUCGGCUGUAUGAUUGCUGGCAUAGAAAAUUCACAAGUUUUGUGUAUGGGAACGGGUCAUGAUGUACAUUCUUGCUAUUUAGAAUCAACAGGUCAUUCGUUAUUGGUUCACAUGCUCUUUAGCUUGGAAAUAUUUGUCUCUUGUAUCAUUAGAUGAAUCUAUUUCAUAUAUAUAAUUGUUUUACCUAGGUUCUUCUUA